AUGAUAGUUCAUCAACGAUUUGACUUAGAACUUCAUAUAAUCCUGUUCAGCUUGUCAAAUGUUGUGACGUGGUAUGACAUGAUAGUCAACUUGGAGGGUUCUAAUAUACGUGUUGUGCUCCCUCAUUUUAUCUGCCGUCCAGUUAUCUUCCUUCUGGCGAAAUUUCAAAAAGCUCAAAAGCGUCCAAUCCGAACACUCUGUUGCCAUUAUGCAAAUGCUAGUAAAUUGGAUAAAUCAAUGAAUAAACUUUUAAGAAAAAAGCAAGAAUGGAAGGCCAAUAACUUUGAUGAUGAUUUUGAUAAUUUAUCAAUAAGCGAUGCUGCAAAGAAAUUGGUUCUUUCUCAAUCUCCAGAAGACUUCAGCAGACAACUUAUUAGACUUUUUUUAACUCCUGCACGUGCCAAAGAAACUCUUAGAUAG